GUAUAGUGCAGUGGAGCGAUGUCAGCUAAGUGGAACCUCUGUCCUGCAGCUUUAAGUGACCCUCCCACCCCAGCUGCCUGAGUAGCUGAGACUGCAGAGACGGGGUUUCACCGUGUUAACCAGGAUGGUCUUGAUCUCUUGACGUCGUGAUCUGCUCGCCUCGGCCUCCCAAAGUACUGGGAUUGCAGUCAUGAGCCACCACACCCGGCCCACUUCCUCCACCUUUAAAGGCUGGAGCGGUGUUUAAACCAAUCUGGAGUUACCAUUCCAGCUAUGGCCACAAUCUGAUCUCUACAUCUUGGCUUUCUUCGCAUUGGCUGGAAGCUGGCUCACUUCACCCAAGGGCGUAGUUUGACGGCAUUCAUGCUUUCCGCAAGUUUGAGCAUCCCUCGCUCCUGGCGCUGGCAGUGCCACUCAGCCAUGGACUGGGGCAUCCACUUGGUCUGGCACUUGGAUAAACAGAAGCCGUAAACGACAACCUCGGUGAGGUCUGAAGACUCCAGAGCCUUCAGCAUGAGCAUCACCUUGCUCACCUGCUCGAUGUAAGGGAUUUGAGAUCAGUCUGGGCCAAACAUGGCUUCCAGCAGCCGCAUCUGGACCUGGAACACCUCUGGAUCUUUCAGGAAGUUUCACCCAUGGUGGGAUAUUUCUACGUCUGGGAUUGUUCCCAACUUGUAACCCUCACAACCAAAACUAUGCUCCCGUGUGAGCCGGGCCUAAGCGUUCAUCAGUAUUUUUGAUUCCCACCAAAUGUAUGAAGAUUACAAUUUCUUCACAGCCUUACUUGUGAAGCAGGUUCACUGCACACUGGUUACCAACGUGUCGGAGUUGAGUGAGAGAUAGUCCCAUGAACACACAGAUCGCUGAGUCAGACUGACAGAAGCAUAGACCCCGCCUUGAGCCCGCCCUGUCCCGGCCCUGCCCUCGGCCCCCGGCCCGGCCUGUACGAUGCGCGCGCAAUUUCCUGCAGACCCGGAAGUCGAGAUCGUGGAGUGAACGUUUCGCGCGCUUUUUCCUGUAGAACCGGCACCCGACUGCGUGCAAAGACCGUCUAGCCGCCACCCGAGAUCAACAGUAGGCAGCAGAGGACCAUCAUUCCAGAAGGAUUCACUUUCAAAGAGACGUAUUAUGCAAGGAAGCAACUCGGAAGAGGAAAGAAAGGAAGUCAGGAAUGGCCCUUACUCAGGGGCAACUGUCAUUCAGCGAUGUGGCCAUAGAAUUCUCUCAGGAGGAGUGGAAAUGCCUGGACCCUGGGCAGAAAGCUUUAUACAGGGACGUGAUGUUAGAGAACUACAGGAACCUGAUCUCCCUAGGAAUCUGUCUUCCUGACCUGAGUGUUACCUCCAUGUUGGAGCAAAAGAGAGAUCCCUGGACUCUGCAGAGUGAAGUGAAAAUAGUAAACAAUCCAGAUGGCAGGGAGUGCAUCAAAGGUGUGAACGCAGAAAAGAGUUCUAAAUUGGGAAGCAAUGCAGGAAACAAGUCACUUAAAAAUCAACGUGGAUUAACUCUUCAGUUACAUCUGACUGAAUGGCAGCCAUUUCAAGCUGUAAGGGAUAUUUAUGGAUGUAAGCAUGUUGAGAAAUCUAUCAGUGACAAUUCUUCAGUUUCACCAGUUCAAAUAAGUUUUUCCAGUGUCAAAACCCAUAUUUUUAAUAACUACAGAAAUGAUUUUCUUUUUUCUACAUUACUCCCACAAGAACAGAAAGUACACAUUAGGGAAAAGCCUUAUGGAUGUAAUGAGCGUGGGAAAGUCUUCAGAGUGUCUUCAAGCCUUACUAACCGUCAAGUAAUCCACAUUGCAGAUAAAACUUACAAAUGUAGUGACUGUGGCGAGAUCUUUAGUAGCAAUUCAAACUUUGCACGACAUCAACGAAUCCAUACUGGAGAGAAGCCUUACAAAUAUAAUGAAUGUGGCAAAGUCUUCAAUCAGAAUUCACACCUUGCACAACAUCAGAGAAUUCAUACUGGAGAGAAACCUUACAAUAACAAAGAAUGUGAGAAAGUCUUUAGUCACCAUGCCUACCUUGCACAGCAUAGGAAAAUGCAUACUGGAGAGAAGCCUUACAAAUGUAGUGAAUGUGGCAAAGCAUUUAGUGUGUGUUCCAGUCUUACUGCUCAUCUUGUAAUCCAUACUGGAGAGAAACCUUAUGAUUGUAAGGAAUGUGGCAAGGUCUUCAGGCAUAAGUCUUCCCUAACCACUCAUCAGACAGUUCAUACUGGAGAGAGACCAUACAAAUGUAAUGAAUGUGGCAAGGGGUUUAGUCGAAUUGCACUCCUUGCAAGGCAUCGGAAAGUUCAUACUGGAGAGAAACCUUACAAAUGUAAUGAGUGUGGCAAGGUCUUUAUUGGCAAUUCACGCCUUGCACGACAUAGGAAAAUUCAUACUGGGGGGAGGCGUUACAAAUGUAAUGAAUGUGGCAAAGCAUUUAGAACGUGUUCAGAUCUCACUGCCCAUCUUCUAAUCCAUACUGGAGAGAAACCUUACGAAUGUAUAGACUGUGGCAAGGUCUUCAGGCACAAGUCUUCCCUAACCUAUCACUGUAGAAUUCAUACUGGAGAGAAGCCUUACAAAUGUAACGAAUGUGGCAAGGUCUUCAGUCAGAAUUCAAACCUUCAACGACAUAGGAAAAUUCAUACUGGAGAGAAGCUUUACAAAUGUAAUGAAUGUGGCAAGGUCUUCCGUCAGAAUUCACACCUUGCACAACAUAGGGAUAUUCAUACUGGAGAGAAGCGUUACAGUUGUAAUGAAUGUGGCAAGGUCUUCCGUCGGAAUUCACAUCUUGUGCGACAUAGGAAUAUUCAUACUGGAGAAAAGCCUUACAGUUGUAAUGAAUGUGGCAAGGUCUUCAGUCGGAAUUCACACCUUGCGCGACAUAGGAAUAUUCAUACUGGAGAGAAGCCUUACAGUUGUAAUGAAUGUGGCAAGGUCUUCAGUCGGAAUUCACACCUUGCGCGACAUAGGAAAAUUCAUACUGGAGAGGAGCUUUACAAAUGUAAUGAAUGUAGCAAGGUCUUCAGUCGGAAUUCACGCCUUGCACAACAUAGGAAUAUUCAUACUGGAGUGAAGCCUUACAGUUGUAAUGAAGGUGGCAAGGUCUUUAGUAAAAAUUCCAUCCUAGUACAACAUUGCAGUAUUCAUACCAGAGAGAAGCCUUAAAAAUUUAGUGAAGCUGGCAGGGCGCGGUGGCUCACGUCUGUAAUCCCAGCACUUUGGGAGUCCGAGGCGGGUGGAUCACGAGGUCAGGAGAUUGAGACCAUCCUGGCUAACACGGUGAAACCCCAUCUCUACUAAAAAUACAAAAAAAAAAAAAAUUAGCUGGGUGUGGUGGCAGGCACCUGUAGUCCCAGCUACUCAGGAGGCUGAGGCAGGAGGAUGGCAUGAACCUGGGAGGCAGAGCCUCCAGUGAGCCGAGUGAGCCACUGCACUCCAGCCUAGGUGACAGAGUGAAACUCCAUCUC